AUGAAAAAAACUAUUAUACCGUUAGUUGAUUAUUUAUUAAGUUUAACCAAUAUAAAUGGUACAUUAAUUUGUGAUACUCCUCGGAGAACUUUUAUAAUUGGUUUUGCUGUAGCUGUAAAAUCAGUAUUUUCUAUUGCUGAAGAACUUCUAAAUAAUUUUGAUUACAAGUAUUUUUUAACAUACAAACUUUCCCAAGACCAUAUAGAAAUACUGUUUUCAAAAAUUCGACAAAGGUUUGGUCAUAACAAUAAUCCUAAUGUAUUAGAAUUCAGAACAGCAAUGAAACAAAUAUUAUUGAAAAACUCUGUCACUUCUUCAUAUGCAGCCAACUGCAUGGCUUUUGAUAAAUCCAGCAAUGAAAGUGUUUUUGAAAUACGUUGGGCAAAAAGAAAUUCUGCGGACAUUUGUCAUUUACAUGAUGAAAGUAUCUUAGAGGAAACGGAAAAAGAAGAAGAAAUACCAGAUAUAUUCAUGAAUGAAGCUGAUGGCCUUAGGAUGGUAAAAGAAAAUAUUUUAUACUAUAUCUGUGGUUUCAUUGUGAGAAGAAUUUCAAAAAAAAUAGAUUGUUUACCUUGUUGUGAGAACUUACUGGAAAAAUUUAAUGAACAUAAUUAUGCUAUUUUAAAUGAAAAUUCUAAAUUGGUUGCUAUUAAAAUAGAGGUGGGCUGUUUAACGUCAAAGAUAAUUAUUUUUGCAAAAAAUUAUGUUUAUAACUCUAAUAUUUUAGUUGAUGUAAAAUGUCCUAAUGAUGGAUUCUUAGAGAACCAUAAAUUAGAAUUAGUUACUAUUAUUUGUAAAGAAUAUUUAAAAAUUAGAUUGCACCAUGUUGCAAAAUCUAAAACAUCUGAUAUUAGAUCUGAGGCUAGUAAAUAG